CCGUGGCUAGUUGACAACGAAUUUAUCGUUCACUUCGUUCUCAGCUCUGGUUCAGCGCUGUUCAAUAGUCAAGAAUUUGAAUAUCUCGACCAGGAAUCUUAAUUAAAAUGGCUGCUGCUCCCAAGGAUAUUGAAAAGCCUCAAGGCGCUGAUUCUGCAUCAGUUCACCGCAUCCGUAUCACUUUGACUUCAAGGAACGUACGUUCUUUGGAGAACGUGUGUCGGGAUUUGAUAAACAGUGCCAAGAACCAAAAUCUGCGCGUCAAGGGCCCAGUACGCAUGCCAACCAAAACUCUACGCAUCACAACACGUAAAACCCCCUGUGGUGAAGGUUCCAAAACUUGGGAUCGAUUCCAGAUGAGAAUCCACAAGCGUAUCAUCGACUUGCAUUCACCUUCGGAGAUUGUCAAGAAGAUUACUUCCAUCAAUAUUGAGGCGGGCGUAGAAGUAGAGGUUACCAUUGCCAACUAAACAGAACGUGUAUAA